GAUGUGUGACUGACCAAUAAGGGACUGACGUUUUAAGCUACAUAUUUUUUCAGGGAAGGAAAGAGACUUGCUUGCAUUUGUUACAUUACGCUACUGGCGUGGAGACAGCUCAAGGUGAACGAAACUUUUAAGGAAUACAUACAUUGAACAGGAAGCAUGGGUGAUAUUGCUAAGGGAAAGAAGGCAUUUGUCCAGAAGUGUGCCCAGUGUCAUACUGUUGAAAAUGGAGGAAAGCACAAGGUUGGUCCAAACCUCUGGGGUCUGUUUGGACGCAAGACUGGACAAGCUGAAGGCUAUUCCUACACAGAUGCCAACAAAUCCAAAGGCAUUGUCUGGGAAACCGAUACCCUCAUGACGUACUUGGAGAACCCCAAGAAAUACAUUCCUGGAACAAAGAUGAUAUUUGCUGGCAUCAAGAAGAAGGGCGAGCGUGCAGAUCUUAUAGCAUAUUUGAAGUCGGCAACUUCGUAGACCACUGUCUACGCUUUGUUCAAUGUAUAGACUUCCCUUUCUGUAUCUUUAUAUAAAUAUCAUCAACUGUUCAGCGGAGAAGGGGGGUGGCUCUUUCAAGAAGCUAAGACUAAUUCUUAGCAUUUUAACAAUUUAUUUGAAUAGCCUGCUUGACAUACCUGCUGGGACUCAAUGGUGUUUGCAUGAUCAGUUGCCAUAUUUCACAGCUGUACCUCCAUUUAGAUGGUGUAAUUUAUAUCCCUUGGUCUAACAGGCUCUAGUACGUAUACAUAAAUUAUUGAUCCAUAGACUGUAAGUAUUCCAUAAUUUAUUGGGUCAAAGCAGUGUAAUAUUUGUUUCACAAAAAAAAGUUUCAACUAAUUGUAUCGGUAGUGGUUUUAAUACUUGCUAAUGCAAACCCUCAAUCAGAUUUGGAAUAGUCUCUAAUUUUAAAGGGUUGUCUUGAAAGUAACGUCUACUACAGACCAUGGUAAUGUCUUAUGUAGCCAAUACCUCAUGAUCUGGUUCUAUUUGAGUUAAUUGAAUAAAUUACAUGCUAAACAAUUA